UCUCUCUCUCUCUCUCUCUCUCUCUCUCUCUCUCUCUCUCUCUCACACACUCUCUCUCUCACACACACACACACACACACACACACACACAUACUCGCCGUCCUGCCUGGGGAUUUUAAGAUGUGACUGAGGCUGGUUUGUAAUCAGAUGAAAGACGAGUAUAAUCCCGAAGCUCCCUCCAUCUUUUUCACUGCUGGAGUGGGAUGCUGAAGGAGAGGACAAGGGCCAGGAUGGGUGACGUGUGAUGGAGAGAUCUGUGCCGACGGAUUCUGCCUUUAUAAGGACCUGGACUGACGUUGCACUCUUGGGAGUCUGGGAUGACCGCAGAGACCAUUGAAGAGAGAGUGGACAGGUAAAGACGGGGCACAGAAGUCAUUAAAAGGGAGCUUCAUCUGUGACUGGGACACAAGCAUAUAUCUGAUGGCGGAGACUGGGCACACAGUGUCAUUCCCACCAGGGGGCCUCAUCCAACCAGACCCUGUCAUCACUGUUGAGUGCAGUUCAGCAGAGGUGACGCCUGAAGAUGUACUCCUGAAGAGCUCCAAUGAACCAUCAUUUUCUUCAAAAGACCUCAAAGACAGCAGCUUGAAUGACCAACAUCAGAAUAAACAUUCAUGUUCACUGACAGUACACAGGGAGCAUGCCUUAUCCCCUCACAAGGACUUAAAUGAGCACAAUCUGUUAUCAGUACAGGGGAGCCACUCAGACAGCUUGCAGAUUUUCAAACAGGCCACAGCUUCUCCUCUCUACUGUGAAACGGGCGACACUUUUUGCCAAGGACGACACCAGGAUGUUUGUGCGCAGUCGUUUCCUUCUUUAGUGUGUAAACAGGCCAUGCCGCUUCAGCAGAGCAAUACGGUGACCACGUCCACCAGAGCAGGAAGUAGCGGGUCGGGCAGCCCCACUCAACCAGCCAAACAUGGCUUCAUUCAGGUCUGUGAAGUCAUUCCAGAAUCCACCUGCCCCGAAUUCGAAGAGGCUGCUUGUUGUAACUCGCACUUCCACCAUGGAGCCGUCGAUGACACUUUUGCGGCAUAUUGCCACCCGCAGCCCAUUCCUGCCCCAGCGCAGCUGCUUCCGCGCUUAGUGGGAAUGGAGGAGAACUACAAGGGUCAAGUAUCAGCAAGCAACCUGCUUGCUCUUCCUCGGCUCAUCUCCUCCGUCAGCGAGACCGGAUUGGAUGGUAAGCGACUCCUCCGCUGCUGCAAUCUGGACUGCUCUUGGCCUGGUCCGUGGCGUCCAGUUGGCGCCCAGCGGUGGGUGGAUCAAAAGACCACAAGGGAAGCGGAGACUAUGACUUCACAGAAUAAACUGAGAGAUGUAGGAGUGCAAGUGGGUCAGGACUCUGAGGAACAUCCCCAGCACGUGUUCCCAGAAGUGUGUCUGGUUGAGGAGAAGACGAAUGUGAAAACGGUGUCAAAGAGUCAAAAGUCUCCUGUGAAGGAUGUGAAAUGGGAUGCCGAGGGCAUGACAUGGGAGGUGUACGGGGCCUCGGCCGACCCUGAGGAACUCGGACUUGCGAUUCAGAAACACCUGGAGAUACAGAUCAAAGAGACUAAGGGAAUAGCGGCGAAGCUCUCGCGCCAGAACACGACAACAUCCCAGCACAGCUCAGGAUCGACCCACAGAAGAAAAAAGGGGUUAUUGGGAUCUCUGCGCCGCCCGGGAUGCUGUUCUCGCACCACUGGUGCAGUGGACUAAAGAACCAACCUGACUGAGACCCCAAAUGGACAUUUAUAAUAUUCUUAUUGGGUAUAGAUUUGACAGCCAUGUAAAGAACAGGUUCAAAAUAGGUUUUUUUAGCAACGGUACUAUCAACCGCAACUGUAAUACAUUUCAGAAAAAAAAAAUCAUGUCUUCCUUUAAUUGUUAACACCUCACUUAAUUGCUGUAGUAAUUUGCUCAGUAUAUUAAAACUUUAUUUUGUAAUAUUUAAAUGCUCUUUGGUUUAUGUUUCCAUCAGUAAAACAUGAUGAUUAUGACUA